UCUUUUAAAAAGUAAAAAAAAAAACCUUUCUUAUAUUUCAUAUUCUGAACUCCCUAUAAAAACACAUCACCACUCUCUAUAUUUAUUCUCUUGUCACAUAGAAAUACGCAUGAUGGAGCUCCAACUAGGUUUGGCUCUUCCCACCUCUACUUUCAACAAAGAUAUUCCAAUCACGGGGUUUGAUCUGAAUUACUUUGGUUACGAGCCAACAAAGGGUGAUCAAUAUCAUCAGAAAUACCCCAGCUUUGUGUCUUGUAAUAAUUAUAACAAAAAGAAGAAACGAAAGUGUGGCCAGGCGUUUUCAGAGGAAGAUGAUCGUGAUCAAGAUAUUGUGACAGUGCCUAAAACGCUUCCUUUGUUGUUAUGGAACAACCGAAAACCAAACGAUGAAGAUGACGACCCCAGUAAAGACCUUUACAAGAACACAACUCACAACUUCAUCAAAAACGAUGGAGAAGGAGAUGGAGUGGUGGGGUGGCCGCCGAUCAAGGCGUGGAGGAGGAGACUCAUCUGCUUCCAUGGCGGCGGACGAGCUGUGGAGAAUGGGUGCAGCUGUGGUGGAAGAAUAUCUAAGUUUAUGCACGUGAAGGUCAAGAUGGAAGGAGUGGCCAUAGCUAGAAAAAUUGACUUAAACCUCCAUACAUCUUUUAACACUCUCACUCAUACCUUGAUGGACAUGUUUGGGAAAUGUCCAGAAGAUUCAGUGAACUAUAAACUCACUUAUCAAGAUAGGGAAGGAGACUGGCUACUUGCUCAAGAUGUACCUUGGAGAACCUUUAUAAGGUCAGUGCAACGUCUCAAAUUGCUGAGGAGGUCCCACUGAUGGCAUCACUGUUUUUUUUUUUUUUUUGCUCUUAGCUAUUUUUAAUAGAACAAUAUUAAUAUUAUAUAUAUAUAUGUUUAUGUUUAUGUACAUGUAUCUCAUGAAUUUGGACAUUAUGCAUGUAAGAUAUAUGUAGUUCGAUGUAGAACAUCCCAAUCAGUUGUAUAAUUUAUAGCAUAUAUUAGUCUACCUUUAAUUUUAGCGAACACUAGAGACAGAUUAAAUAUAGUUAGACUUGCUCUUUUAUAAUAUAUUAUUUUUUGUUACAA